AGUCUCGCCCCCAAUCUCAGAUCCCCUCUGGAAUCUGCUUUCUGUCUUUCAUCCCCCUCCUUGCCAGAGGGUGUCAGUCAUCUUGGAUAUUUCCAGGUCAUCCUGACCCACCACCACCAUCGCUUGGACCCCGUACCUUUUCUUAAUCUUACAUCUUACAACUUAUUUAAUUGACACGAUCGAUCCUCGGUUGAUCGCCUUCGCUCGCUUCAUCCUUCCACCCCCCCCCCUAACCCCACAAAUAAUCCUACAAUGGCGGAGGAACCCCAGGUGAUGUCCAUCCAGCAACGGAUUGCUGCCUUGAAGCAGGCACAAGCUGGCCAAAGCGGCGGAGGGACUGAGCCCACUUCUUUGCCCAUCCGUCCGGCUGCUCCUCCCCCGCGCCCCAAGACCUUCACCACCGCCACUCCCAUCGAGAUCUCCCCCGACCACGACAACGACCACGCUGCUGGCAGCAAUGGCUCUGUCGACAAUAAUCCGCCUCCGGAAUACCAUGCCGCUCCGCCCAGGCCCAUCUCGCGUCCCUGUGCACCGCCCGCACCGGCGAAGCACAAGACGCCCCCUCCCUUACCGGCUCGCAAGCCCUCCGAACAACGCCCUGCACUACCCCCCCGCCGGCCUACGGAACCCUCUCGCAAAGGCUCCUUUGAGUCGAUGGCUUCGGACAUAUCCAGGUCGACGACAAGAACAGCCAACACAUCUGCAACCUCGAUUGACUCCGCUGGUGGUCGCUCCCUGCCUCCCGCAUGGGGCGAGGCUCAAUUGCCCCCCUUGCCUCCCAAGCGACAGCCCUCACUACCAGCCCGACCGACACCAACCACCGCGAAAAGCAGUGGCAGCCUGUCACCGCCUCGACCGGCAUUGCCUCUGCGUCGAAAGUCCAGCAACUACUCCAUAGAAAGCAACAGCUCGCAGCCCCGGCUGCCUCCCCGGCUACCGUCCAGGAAUAAUUGCGACAGGUCGCCGAGUAUUAAUGAAGAGGCGGAGAGCACACCGCCACUGCCAGCGAGGAGGCUUCCUCCGCCCCCGAUAUCCGAUGCCGCAAUGGGAAAGCUGAAGCAGUCUGGCUUCGCAGCGAUAAACAAGAAUGUAAACGGGUUUACGAAUGGGGGCUCCCAGGGCCCUAUUUCGAAUGGAGUGCCCCCGCCGGUCCCUCUGGCCUCUCGGCCUGACUUGUCCAAGAUCCAGGCCACGAAGCCGCGUCUGUAUGCCUCCAAUCCCCCGUCCGCGGCACCGACUACGGUUUGCUUGAAGUGCCGCGACUUCUCGGCGCCAGAUGCCCAUGCGGCUCGGUACCCGCGCGCCUCUCUCCCCACGCAGGAUCUGGGAUGGCUGGCGAGGGAACUCACCGCGCCGUUUCCCUCGCUGACGGAUAAAGCACGAGUCAUCUUUACGUGGCUCCACCAUAACAUUAUGUAUGAUACGGUCGCCUUCUUCAACAAUACAGUCGGGCACUCGACCCCGGCCAGUACGCUGGCGACUGGGCUGGCGGUGUGUGAGGGGUAUGCUGGCCUGUUCAAUGCGCUUGCUACCCAUGCUGGUCUCGAGGCCAAGAAGGUUUCGGGCCACGGCAAAGGCUAUGGUUAUGAUACUCCCGCUCCCGGGUCGGCGCUUCCUCCCUUCCACACGGGCCAUGCCUGGAACGUGGUCCGGAUCGACAACGGCCAGUGGAAGCUGAUUGACGCCUGCUGGGGCGCUGGAUGCAUCUCCGGCAAGGGACAGCCGUACGUGCAGAGGUUCGAACCGGCCAUGUUCACCAACACGAAUGAUGAGCUGGGACUGAAGCACUUCCCCGAAGACCGGACUCAGUUCUACCGGGACGACGGGCGUCCCGAGAUCAGCUGGGAGGAAUACAUCCUGGGCAACCCGCAGUCCCCGUUGUGCGUGGAGCAGCCGAUGGUCUUCGGGGACGCGGACAAGCACAGCAUCGGGGUGCGCACCUUUCGCCCGGCCGCCAAGCAGCUCUCCGUGGCCCAGGGAGGCCCGCUGCGCUUCCAGUUCGGCCUGGUCUGCGAGCACUGGACACUGGAGCACCACAGCCGAGCCAAGCCCGGGAUGUUCUUACUUAUAGUUCACGGGGCGGAUGGUCGGCAGGAAGACAGACUGCCGUUGGCACACGUCCGGGGCUCGGGACCCAAUGGCGGGGGAGACUGGUGGUACGUGGACGUGCCGGACGCGCGGGGGCUGGGGGUGCCGGGGCAGAAGGUGCAGCUGGUGGUGCUGACCAGCUUCGGGGAUCGAGCAGACGCGCGGGGGGUGACGGCGGAGGAGUACCGGGCCCAAGUCGGCCGCGUGGGAAUGGCGUGGGCAUUCGUUGCGGAGUGGGAGCUGAUCUGAACCCGAAGCGUCCUGAAUCGAGCUGAAACCGAGGGACAGCCAGCCAGCCAGCCGGGUAAUUAGGGCUGGUGGUGCAGUCUCCACCCUCCGUCUAGAUUUUCGAUUUGGGAUUUUUUUUUUGUCCGUGGCCUGGCCGUAUGGGGUUUCCACCUUACUUAUCUGUUCAUAGCCAUACCCGUCUUUUUUGGCCUGCCCCUAACUACCACUUUCAUCUACUUAAUGAUAAUGUGUUCGUAUAUA